GUUGCAUUAAACGUGCACAACGCCAAGAGAUGCACAAGCAUCGCUUCCGGUUCGUGUCGGUGAUUUGGAUCGGUCAUGAUUGCGAGAUACAUAUGAUUGCAUCCUGUGCAAGGUCUUGUGUUGAGAGAUUGUUGCACUUCUGAUCGUCCAGACCUAAACAAAAGGGACGAACGAGAACAAGGACGAGACUAAGAGUGAGGAGGACUGACCGUUGAAGCGGCGUGCCCAGUCGACUGAAGCCCCAUGUGAUGGCUUAAAUCAUCUCUUUGUCCGUUAUCGACACUUGGAAAAUGGAGGUGAGGAAAUGAAGCCCGAUGGACUGGAACUGUGGAGGAGCAACUUCACUGACAAGCAAGCGAGUUCCGGAGCCAUGCGAUGGUGGUGGCUCUACAUACAGACGGAAUGGAUGCUGCGUGACGAUAUCUGACAACGUCUUGUAAUGACUGCAGUGAGACAAAGACCUAUUGAUCGAUGAACUGCAAGUAUUAAUUCGUUGACUUGAUUGAUCGGAAAGCGCACGAAAAGCAACUAAAGCGACCUGAUUCUCAUUCGCAUUGCCGCAGUUGCUCUUCUGUUAAGCUCCAUCCCUCCAAUCCCCAGCCAGCAACCUGCCACCCUCUCUGUCUAGACUGUCUCAAAGCACAAGCCGCAGAGCUAGCCUAGCGGAUCGGAGUGGACCCGGCCCAAGCCUGGCCCAAAGGAAAAAAAAGCGCAGCUCACUUGAGGACUGACUGCCAUGCCAUGCCUUGCCCUACCCUGACCUAUCCACUUUGACAGCUCUCUCUCGAGGCCGCUUGCUAGGAGAAGUAAGUUGCUCGAUCGCAGUUAUGACUAACGACGAACACUAUUGCAGUUUCGACUUCAGAUGAACAUCAACGUCACUGAGGUUCUAGCUUAGCGUGCCUUACCUUCCCUCGAGCUCAGAUGGGUUCCAUUGCGUUCCCCUUGCCUUGCAUUGUUUGCAUCGCAACGUGGGUGACGAAGUGGAGGGCGGUGGGGGCUUAUAUGAGAUAAAAACCUGAGCAUCCUGCUGAAAGAAAGAGUCGGGCUAUGUUUAUCGCAAGUGGGCGGGCGGGCGGGCGAGCUUUUUAUGCUAGAUUGGGCGGCGGUGCAUGAGAGAGACAGGAUUAGUUGAGCCCUUCCCCCCCCCCAAAUUAAAAUCGGAAAUUUGUUUGAAGACAUUUGCAUCAAGCACCUUGCGUUCUGUGGGCGGACGAUCGUUCUCGGGAAGUGAAUAGCCCCCAACUAGGAAAAGAAUUGUGACUAAGAUUAAAUUCUCAAUGCUGCUGCUGCGAGGGCAGUGUGCAAUGAGGGCAGCUGCGGCGUCUUCAUCUGAGAAGGGCAGAGUAAUUGUCAUCACGGGACCUACAGGAGUUGGCAAGAGCUCCGUUGCCAUUGCUUUGGCUCAGCGCUUGGGCGGCGAGAUUAUUAGUGCGGAUUCUGUUCAGGUUUAUAAGGGUCUUGAUGUUGGAAGCGCAAAAACACCUCCGAAGGAACGUCAGAAUGUACCUCAUCACCUCAUUGACAUCGUGUCCCCUACUGAAGAAUACAGUGCUGGAGAUUACUACGUGGAUGCAAGGGCCGCGACUGAUAUGGUGCUUGCCAAAGGACGGAUCCCUAUAGUCGUCGGCGGAACGGGGCUUUACUUACGCUGGUUCUUGAAUGGUAAGCCUGACACCCCCAAGCCCACUGCGGAACAGGCAGCUGCCAUAGAUGCCGAGAUCGCUCAACUGCAGAGUGCCGGUGGGGGUUGGGAUGCUGGUGUGAAAUAUCUGUCCGAAGCCGGUGAUCCAGAGACUGCUCACAGACUAGCACGAAAUGACUGGUACCGCCUUCGUCGAUCCCUUGAAAUUAUUAAGAUAUCCGGCCGGCCACAAAGCUCUUUCCCUCUCCCUUGGGCCAAGGACUCAUCUGUUAACGGUGGGACAGACUCUUACAUGGGUGCACUUGGUCCUGGUCAAACCUCUGAUAGCGAGAGCAUCGAGCUUGACUAUGAUUUUCAGUGUUAUUUCAUGUACACCCAACGGAUGGACCUGUACCGACGCAUCGAUCAGCGUUGUGAGGAAAUGCUUACAGAUACUGAUGGACUUCUGAGAGAAGCUUCUUGGCUCCUCGAUUUAGGAAUUUUGCCCAAUUCCAGUUCACCUUCUCGAGCUAUCGGUUACCGUCAAACUAUGGAAUACUUGACCAAAUGUAGGAUGUCGGGAGGCGUGACGUCCGUUUCACAGUUCCUUGAUUAUUUACAGGGUUUUCAAAGAGCUUCAAGGAACUAUGCCAAGAGACAGCUGACAUGGUUUCGAGGUGAAGACAUGUUUAGGCACGUUGACGCAUCGGCUCCAAGGAACGAAAUUGUAGAUUUUAUGGAGCAAGAGUACUACAGUCCGUCCAAAUCUUCAGUGCUAUCACCUCCUUCUGAAAGUCAGCAGAAGAUAUCGAACCAGAAGCAAUUAAGAGCUCUCAAAACAUAUGAAGCCCACAACAGGAUAUUUACAAAGCCAUCAGCUUGUGCGAGCAUUCUCGAAUGGAUUCAAAAGACUCAAGGAGGUUUUGAAGUUGUAAUUUGAAGUACUUUUUAGGAAAUUUUUGCCAACAUGGGUCUAAGAUAUACUUGAAACAUAUGAAAACAGAAGGAUUAAAACAGUCCUUCUACGCCAGUUGGUGUCAUUAUGAAACAAUUUUGCCGGGAGCAAUAUUCAUUCCACCUUGGAAGAAUAUUGUAAAUAAUGUACGUCGGAUCAUGAGGUUUGCAGUCAAGUCUAGCAGAGCAGUGUAGAACAAUCUUCGAAGACAAUCUAUUCUCUUCACCUUUUCGGUUCCCUAGUGUCAACAGCUGUAAUUGCAAGAUGAUGUCACUUGUGACCUGUUAUAGGUCUGUUUUGUAAAGUGAGAGUGUGACUAUCACUUGCGUCAAAAAAAUGUCUGCAGAUGAUUUACCGGACUGGGCUAUUUUGUAAGUCCUUGGAGAGGAGGCACGGAGAAACGAAAUGCCGCAAUAGUCAUUUCCAUAUGCACAACAAAGCAAUAUAUACCUUCUAUGGAUUCUUACAUACGCGGCCUCUUUGCCAUUUAAAAUAAUGCCUAUCUGAUCGUAUCUACGAUAGCACUCUUGACCUAUUGUU